AUGGCGACGAUGACGCGGAACAAGAAGACGGCAAGGACCGUGUUGUCCAUGCUGCCUGAGGAGAUGGAGUUGGAGGUGCUCACGCGUCUGCCCGCGAAAUCCAUCCUCCGCUUCAGCGCUGUGUGCCGCCGCUGGGCGGCGCUGCUAUCCUCAGAUGAGUUCUGCUCGACGUGGACGAAGCUUGCGGAGUCGACGACGACGGAGAUGGAGCCAGCGGCUCAGCUGCUGUUCCUCUCCUUGCCGUCAUGCAACGCCGGGGAGCCGACGGAGCUGCGCACCGGAGGCGGCACGCAGCUUUUCACCCUCGAUGACGCGCGAAGGAAGUUCGUGGCCAUAUCGCCGGCGCCGUGCCACGGCCUCAGCCUCCUGCACAAGCCCCUGUCGAUGUCAGAACCCUACCAUGUCCUCAACGCGACCACGCGAGCGAGCGCCAAGUUACCGCCGCCGCCUUCUUGCCGGGGUAACUGGGCGGCGCUCUAUCCAUCGACCGCCGGCCUCGGGUUCGACGCCAGGGCCAAGACGCACAAGGUGGUGCGGCUGUUCAACGGUUCCGGCGAGCGCUCCGGAGACAAAUCCCCCACGAUCAAGUGCGAGCUGUACACCCUCGGCAGCGGCCCAGCUGACCGCCGCUGGAGACCACCCUCCCCCGGCGGCGUCGUGCCUUCCACGCUCGCCGGGCCUGAGCUGCUGACGGCGACCAAGGACAACCUGGAACCAGUUUUCGUGGACGGUUUUCUCCACUGGCUCGUCAACCCGACCAUGCCUGAGAGCAUGCCUGUGGCGGUGCUGUCUUUCUCCGUCGCGGACGAGACCUUUGGCUGCUGGGUCCGGCCACCGCCCUUCGACUGGGACGGCAGAGGAACGGCGCACCUGACAGAACUCGAUGGCAGGCUGUGCAUGGUCCGGGACCUUCGUCAUAACUCUGCUGGUCUGCUGGAGAUCUGGAAGUACGGCAAUGGUGGUGACUGCUGGUCGCUGGAGCUUCGCAUCGAUUUGGCAUUGGCAGCGCAGCAUGUUGGAAGAGAUGAUCUGACUGGGCCACGGCAUGUCAGAGUGUUGGGAAAGAAGAACAGGGUGAUUUUCAUUGCCACGUCCAAAGGCAAGGUGGUCACCUAUGAUCCCGUGUGUGGAGCUCUAGUAACCAUAUUUCAACUUGGAGGAGAAACAAGUCGUGCUGAAACUAGGCUAUCUCUCUCAAGAGUCUCUUUGUUUAAACACAGCCUUGCUACAGUGUAUUAG